CAUGCUUCCAUUGGCGUACCUCGCUGAGCUCGCUCAGUCUCCUCUGAAGUCUUACGCUCGUUGGCAUCUGUUCUCACCACCCACAAGAUGAAGGCUAUUCAAUUCCACGGCAAAGAAGACAUUCGUCUCAAUGAAGUCUCAGUCCCAGCCGUCCAACCUGGAAACGUCAAAAUACGACCCGCGUUCGUCGGGAUUUGUGGAACAGAUGUUCACGAGUACACUCGAGGAGCGACUCUGAUCCCCGAAGAACAGCAUACCCUCACGGGAAGAUGCGCGCCGUUGACCAUUGGUCACGAGAUUAGCGGCGUCGUGGAUGAGAUCGGACCUGAUGUUACUGAUGUUCAUAUUGGGGAUCGUGUAGCGAUCCAGCCGAUACUAUCUGAUGGGUCGUGUUAUGCGUGUCAGCUGAAGAGACCGAAUUGCUGUGUGAGGCAGGGGUUUUAUGGACUCAGGCUGACACUGGGUGUUGUUUAUUCAGGUACCGAUGGAGGUCUAGCGGAAUACCUCGUCGUGGAAGCGAAGAAUGCGAGAAAAGUGCCGGCGAAUGUCAGUUUGGAGGUCGCUGCGCUCGUCGAACCCCUCUCCGUCGCCUGGCACGCCGUCAACAACAGCGUUACCGAUCUCACCACCUCCGCGUUAGUAGUCGGCGCCGGACCAAUCGGUCUCUGCGUCAUGCAAUCGUUGAAAGCAAAAGGCAUCUCCCGCAUCAUCGCCGUAGAAACCAACGACGCUCGGCAAACCCUUACUACACAAGCCGGAGCCACGCACUUCAUCAACCCGUUGACAGAAAACGUAGCGUCCGUCUGCGCCUCGCUGUGCGCGGACACAGGGGGCGUGCACGUCGCUUAUGACACGGCUGGCAAGCAGGUGACGUUGGAUCAGUGUAUCUCCGUGCUUUGCGUGGGUGGGACCGUGGUCAACAUCGCGGUUUGGGGUGGUGAGGCGAAGAUUUUGCCGAAUUCGUUUUUGUUUGGGGAGAAGAGGUAUAUGGGCACGGCGGUUUAUACGCCUGAGGACUUCGAUGAGGUUAUUGAGGCGAUUGGGAGUGGUCGAAUGGAUCCCGAGUUCUUGAUCACUGCGAGGAUUGGUCUGUCGCAGCUGGUGUCUCAUGGUAUUCUGAAAUUGAGGGAUAAUCCUGGGUCGGAUAUCAAGAUCUUGGUUGACAUGUCUAAAGAGUGA